AUGGUAUUUCCGAGUGGUAUAGCUGAUAAAUUGAUCUGGAAUUUUGAAAGAAAUGGGCUGUUUUCGGUUAAAAGCUGUUAUAGGCUGAUUAUGGACCUCUCUCGGCUUGAAACUUCCGAAUCCUCUAAUGUUAGAUCUCAGCAGAAGUUAUGGAAAGCUUUAUGGAAGAUGCCGGUGCCAAAUAAAAUUAAAUUUUUUGCUUGGAGAGCUUGUAUGGAUAGUCUUCCAUCUAAAGUUAAAUUGAUGCAGAAACAGGUUCUUCAGGAUGCUUCCUGCAGGUUCUGUUCCUUCUCGGAAGAAGAUUUUCUGCAUGCUGUCUUCACUUGCGAUCAGGUGCAAGCUUCUUGGGCUCAGUUUUUCCCAAUGUUACAUAAUCCUAGUCCUAGUAGUUUUGUUGAGUUGGCUAUGCAGUUUGGUGCUGGACAAGAUUUGUCUAAUUUGGCAAGAUUUUUCUAUUUUGCAUGGGGCUUUUGGUUUAGGAGGAAUAAACUGGAAUUUGAUCACAAAAUCCUCUCUCCUUCUCAUGUCAUUUCCCAUUCAUUGGAUGCUCAUAAAGCUGGUAUUGGUGCUAUCUUGUGUGAUUCUACUGGGCAUGUUCUGAUGGCUGUUUCAAAAAUUGAGCUAGCUUUAGAAGAUCCUGAAACCGUGGAGCUCCUGGCUGUUUUCCGUGGCAUGCAGCUGUGCAUUUCAAUGGGUAUCUCGGCUCUUGAGGUGGAAAGUGAUUGCUUGCUCCUUGUUCAAGCUUUGCAACAGGAAGAUAUGUCAAAUUCUUUGCUAGGCAAUUUGUUUUCAGAAGUGAAACGUUUAUGUAAUUAUUUUUCAAGUGUUUCCUUUGUUCAUGUGUAUAGAGAGGGCAAUAGAGCUGCUCAUCUACUUGCUAGAAAUGCUUGGAGAGUAGAAGAUAUUGAUAUGUGGUGGGAUAGUGUUCCAGACUUUCUUUCUCAAGCCUUAUGGUUUGAUAAAUGUCUGUAA